AAGAUGCUUAUUUUUGCGACAGCCUCAUUUCCAUGGGCCAGUGUCAUUUUUGCAAGCUUGACUCGUUUUCAUUUUGCCCUAUUCUGGUCUCAUUUUUCUUUGACUGUAAAAAAAUAGUACAGCAUGGCACGUCAAAAACGACAAUUCAGUGCUUGUGCUGCCGCCAUCUCGACAAAAUGAAUGCUCCAUCUGAAGCAGAAGAAGCACCAUCAUAUUUUGAAAAAAACGACAAUCUUUCCGGUUUCUCCGUAUCAGGAAUUUUAGGAUUUAGAGAGGAUGACAUUAACCGACCAGAGCUACAAAGAUUUCCUCUUGUUCAAAGUUACACUCUCUUACGGCAUUUUUCCAAACAAUUCUACAAAGCACGAAAAAACCCUCCCCAUUUUUUUACCUGUCCUCGAGGACCCACUCCCUCAUUUACUCUAGUGCUUGCCCAUUACGACACUUGUCCAAGCAUUUAUGAGAAUCUAUUAGAAGCUUCACUGAUCCGGGUCAUCAAAGUUUCCUUCUCGAGAAACUUAUUGCGCUUCACUUUGCUUUUGACCACUGACCAGAAUUGCUCGAUUGGAUUGAGCUCAGGAGAAUAUGGAGGCAAAUAAGCGCAGCGGUAACCGCGAGAUUCUACGUAUUUGGCUAUAUUGUCUGAUGUAUGGAUAGGGGCAUUAUCCAUCACGAGAUGGAGGCUGAGGAAGUCUAAGGCUGCAUUUAAUUAGACCUUCAGCGGAAAUCGCGCCCAGAAUGGUUGUUGUUGUCGCUCGUGUUUUGGGAAGUGAGACCACUGCUGGUGCACCUUUCUU